GUCUCAUUUCCCCUGACAAUAUAUAGAGAUUAUAGUGUAAUCAUCCCCAUCAGAAGCACAAGCAUAACAUUCAACAUGAAGCUGUUACUGAGCCUCCUUGUUGUUUCAAUACUACCUAAAUGGGCUGUACCACAAGUUCUCAUGAGGGCUCCGCUGACAGCCGUGGCUGAGCUAGUUAAUGGGGGACCCCGGAUCUUCUCAGGGGAGAGAAUACGUCUGAAGUGCAGUGUUCCUGGGAAAGUGUCGGCCGAGUGGAGGUACCAGUGGUUCAGGGGGGGAGAGCAGCUCCAGGAGUCUGAGUACUUUGUCCUAUGGAAGGCCAGGCCACAGCAGAGUGGGAAGUAUUACUGCCAGGGCCUGAGAACCACAUGGAUAAGCACACAAUACACCAUCCACAGCCUGCCUAUAGAAAUAGAGGUGGACGGUGGGUGGGCCAUCCUGCAGGCCCCGCCCCUGCCCAUGCUGGUUGGAGAGACAAUGACCCUGAUGUGUCGUGUCCGUGGCAACCCUAGACUGACUGAGGUCAUACUCUACAAGGACGGGGUGGAGCUUCAGAGACAGUCUGGACCAGAGCUGUGUGUCACUAACCUUACCCUGCAACACCACGGAUCCUAUUGGUGCAGAGCUUCCUGGGAUGGACGGAGGCAAACCAACUCUGUGAUCUCAGUGGCUGCUUCGGUGUCCAUCAUAGAGGUUCUGACAGAACCCAUGUUGGAGAUUGUGCCCAAUGACCCUCUGAUCCAUAAAGACCGUAUGCUCCUGGUGUGUCAUGUUCAACUGAACGCCCGUGAGCCCGUUUCACACAUCCACUACUACUUCUACCAGGACGGGCUGAGUCUGGGGCUUGCCUCUUCCCAGGACAGAGUCACAGUACUGAGGGACUCAGGCCGGUACUGGUGCAAAGCCAGCAUUCCUACUCUGGGGCUGAAGAGGCUCAGCGAGCCCGUGCCUUAUGGGCGAGUGACAGGGAUACAUCAGGGACCAGUUGUCUCACUCCAACCCAGAGCUGCAUCUCAUCCAGAUCCUAUGAAAGGACCUCCCCAGACCACCACCUCUAUCCAGCCUUCUGAGCCCCUUACCUUCACCGAUGUAUCCGGUGAUUCUCCAAACACACUGGCCCCUGGUGUUGGUUCAGAUGAUGGAACAGUGGUGUGGAAGGACUUCUAAAUUCCUUAAGAAUUGUUCAUUAAUAUGUUAUUUGUCUUUUAGGUUGUGAAUGAAACAAUGAAUUGUAUUUGAACUGUUGAUUGUAAGUUCAAUGCAAAUAAAUCCAGUCAAAGUCAAA